CCCUCGUUCCUCAACACGUCUUAGAGACGCUCCUGAAAGCUCCAUCUGCCGUCCUGAGAACUAAAUCAGAAGACAAACGAUUACCACUUUCUCUCUCGGUGAUUUAGUCUGGAUGUAGAUUGAGAUGCAGAGGGAACCCAGUUCUGCAGCAAUCCUCCCUGACAAAACCAAACCAGGGAAAUUAAGUAAAUCUAAAAAGAAUGAAACAACAAACGAAGAUAUUCCAGAGCCCAGAAACAGAGCUGAGCUGAUGAAAUAUUGGAUUAAUCUGACUUUGGAUAAUAAAACAGCUAAUAAGCUGCUGUGGAUUUCUGACGGUGGUUCGAAGGUUUGUCGCAGAACCAAAGAGGUUUGUCCUGUGCUGGACGGACCUGAGAGAUACGAAUACUCUCCACAGGUCUUAUGCAAGGAGAGCAUUUGGAAGCGCAGGGCUUACUGGGAGGUUGAGUUUUCCGGCUGGGUGGCGGUCGGAGCUUCGUACGACCAAGCGGCAAGGAGAGCGGAUUCUGGGAUGAGCGGCCUGGGAGAAAACGAGCAGUCCUGGGGUUUGUGCUGGUCGGGCAGCUGUUACCAGAUAUGGUUCGACUGCAACCACGAAGACAUCAGCGACGUCCCGUUCUGCUCCAGGAUCGGCAUGUACGUCGACCAGCCGGCCGGGAUCAUCAACUUCUACGCUGUAGCCGGUGAGGGCGCGGAGAAGGAGGCCAGGCUGCUGCACCGAGUCGCAACCACGAUGGAGAAAAAGAUUCUUCCAGGGUUCUGGCUGGGAAUUCAGUCUUCAUGCACCUUACUGAGGAAAACAGAAUGAGUCACGGCAACUAACGCUAUUUAUGGAGACUGUUAUGUUUAAACUCUUAAGAAGUAUGAAUGUCGUGUAUUUUAUUGGGAUUUAUGAGAUAUACUGACACGAAGUAUUAAAUAAACUGAGAUAAUAAUAAACGCAAUUUUACAAAAUCAAACAUAAAUGUCAGCAUUUGAUGAGCUGUACAAGACUCUAAGAUUUAAGCUCAUUUGGAUCCAUGGUUUUCCAAAUAAAAAUAUGGAACAAUGCCUAUGUGACCAGCAGAGGGGGUUGAUCUUUUUACACAAGACGCACCAGAGCACGGAGUAGUCUACCAUGAUUUAUUAACAAAUUUCAUUAAAACAGUUUUCUUUU